AUAAACUUGUGGUAAGGUAUAAAUGGACGGUUCUCACUUUCUGAAAAAGGCAGGCCAUCAAAGCGUAUGGCGCGCCAACAGCAUUCAAUUAUUCCAGACCAAGGGGGGUCUUCCCAUUUUCAAUUUCAAUCCAGAAAUCUCUUUAUAAUCACUCCCACUCUCACUUUCUCUUUCUCUUCUUCUUUGCCAUUCUCUUACCCCCAAAUCUCCCCUUUCCCUCCAUGAAACCUUCUCGCAAGCCCACCUUCUUCUCCUCUUAUUCCACAUCCACUACCGUCACUUACACCACCCACCGCAAUGAACGCUCUGCCCCUCAUAAUUCCCACAAUUCCACCCAAGUCCCCGUCCGUCCUUGCCUUUCCCAACCCGACGCCGCCAUUAAGAUCCAAUCCGCCUAUCGCUCCCACAGAAUUCGCGCCCUCUAUCGAAGAAUCGCUUCCGUUGAUUCUGAGGCCGACCACCUGCAGCGCUUGAUCCAACGGCAGGACACGGUGGACGCCGUUCGGAGCAACGAGCUAGAGAAGUUGAAGAUGAACGAGGCGUUGAUGGCUCUGCUGCUGAGACUCGACUCCGUGCCUGGGAUCGAUCCGACGGUGAGGGAGGCUCGGAGAAAAGUGAGCCGUCGGAUCGUGGGGUUGCAGGAGAUACUGGAUUCUGUUUGUGAAUCCAAGGUCGAUGACUACAAUUGGUGGGGCUGCAAUGGCUUGAUGAAGAAUUGGGGUGAUUUUGUUGCGGAUAUGGAGGAAAGUGUGUGUAGGGAGAGAGGUGGUGAGGAGAUGGAAAGGUUUUGUGCCCAGAAUUUGGGUUUCCGAUGCCUGGAAAGGUUUCUUCGUCAACCCUAAAUUUCCCAUUUACCGUGUACUAUAUCUUCUACGUUAUCUACCCCUACCUUAGGGCCCGGUGAUUAUGACCUUUACUUGAAAAUACGGGAACUAUUUAUAGUUCUAACAGAAAGCAAUUAGCAAAUUCUUAUCAAAACCAAUCCAAAAGAAAAUCAGAACCAGUGCAUGAUCCUUGAACUAUCAGACUCAGCAAGUUCAAAGCCAGGAUUGGCGAAGAUAUGAUAGACGAUGAUAAAUGACCACCUUCAAGUAAGAAGCACGGUUCGGAUGGGUACCGACA